CCGGGAAGUCGGUGGACGCAGCCAGAGUCACUAGGGGACUCUCUCCCCUCCCACCACCUUCACCCAUCGCUGAAGAGCUGGUUUAAACCGAGACCGUUUCGAUAUGUCAUAGUGCACCGUCCAUCUCCCCCCCCCCGCGCCCCCCACGUCUUCCGUAGCACUGUGAAAGCCAAACUUUAUCUGGCAUCUCAGAAUUUCCUCUGCUGACACGCUCCGUUUUAGGGUUGCCGUCAACCUAAAGCCAAAGUCGAUGACAACAGGCGAACCCCCAGCGUUGAAAGCUGUAGCAAUUUUGGACAUUUGGUUUUCUGUUUAGAAACAAUGGGCUUGAGUUACCAUGGUAGAAGCAACCCUGAGGAGUGACGAUACAGCAGAGGAAAACCGCAUCAGCUUCUAGUAAACAUGAUUCCUGUCACCGAAUUUCGUCAGUUCUCUGAACAGCAGCCGGCAUUCAGAGUACUGAAGCCAUGGUGGGAUGUGUUUACAGACUAUCUCUCAGUAGCCAUGCUGAUGAUUGGUGUCUUUGGAUGUACAUUACAGGUCAUGCAAGACAAGAUAAUAUGCCUUCCAAAAAGAAUACAGCCUUCACAGAAUCACUCUCACAUUCCUAAUGCAGUCCCAAAUACAACUCCACUUCCUCCACCCAAACCAUCCACUACUCCUGCCACUGUUGAAAUGAAAGGACUAAAGACUGAUUUAGACCUUCAGCAGUAUAGCUUUAUAAACCAAAUGUGCUAUGAACGUGCCCUGCAUUGGUAUGCAAAGUACUUCCCUUACCUUGUCCUUAUACAUACUCUGAUAUUCAUGCUAUGUAGUAACUUCUGGUUCAAAUUCCCUGGAUCAAGCUCAAAAAUUGAACACUUCAUUUCCAUACUGGGGAAAUGUUUUGAUUCUCCCUGGACAACAAGGGCCUUAUCUGAAGUGUCUGGGGAAGACUCAGAAGAGAAGGACAACAGGAAGAACAACAUAACAAGGUCAAAUACUAUCCAACCUAGCACAGAAGGCACUUUGGUCAAGACUCAGUCUUUAAAAUCGAUCCCAGAAAAGUUUGUUGUAGAUAAGGGGACGGCAGGGGCAUUGGAUAAAAAAGAAGGAGAACAGGCAAAAGCGCUGUUUGAAAAGGUGAAGAAAUUCCGACUUCACGUUGAAGAAAGUGAUCUGCUCCAUGCUAUGUAUGUUCGUCAGACUGUACUUAAAGUUAUUAAAUUUCUUAUUAUUAUUGCUUAUAAUAGUGCACUAGUUUCAGAAGUUCAAUUUACAGUAGACUGUAAUGUUGACAUACAGGACAUGACAGGAUAUAAGAAUUUUUCCUGUAAUCAUACCAUGGCACAUCUGUUCUCUAAACUUUCCUUCUGCUACCUGUGCUUUGUAAGCAUCUAUGGACUGACAUGCCUUUACACUUUAUAUUGGUUGUUCUAUCGUUCACUAAAGGAAUAUUCCUUUGAAUAUGUUCGGCAAGAGACUGGAAUUGAUGAUAUCCCAGAUGUGAAGAAUGACUUUGCUUUUAUGCUUCACAUGAUAGAUCAAUACGACCCUCUUUAUUCAAAGAGAUUUGCAGUGUUCCUGUCUGAAGUCAGUGAAAACAAGCUGAAACAGCUGAACUUAAACAAUGAAUGGACUGCGGAUAAAUUGAGACAGAGGCUACAAACAAAUGCAUAUAACCGGCUAGAACUGCAGCUCUUCAUGCUUUCUGGACUUCCAGACACAGUUUUUGAAAUUACAGAGCUGCAGUCUCUAAAACUUGAAAUAAUUAAUAAUGUUAUGAUACCAGCAACCAUUGCACAGUUGGAUAAUCUCCAAGAGCUCUCUUUGUACCAGUGUUCUGUGAAGAUCCACAGUGCUGCCUUGGCUUUUCUGAAGGAAAAUCUGAAGAUCUUGAGUGUCAAGUUUGAUGACAUCAGAGAGCUUCCACAAUGGAUGUAUGGGCUCAGAAAUUUAGAAGAGCUCUACUUAGUUGGUUCUCUCAGUCAUGAUAUUUCCAAAAACAUUACUCUUGAGUCUUUUCGGGAACUUAAAAGCCUUAAAAUUCUCUACAUUAAAAGCAAUGUAUCCAAAAUCCCACAAUCAGCAGUUGAUGUUUCAAGUCAUCUUCAAAAAAUGUGUAUUCAUAAUGAUGGCACCAAAUUAGUGAUGCUCAAUAACCUGAAGAAAAUGGUUAACUUGACUGAGUUGGAGCUGCUUCACUGUGAUUUGGAGCGCAUACCUCAUGCAGUUUUUAGCCUUCUCAGUCUCCAGGAAUUGAAUUUAAAGGAAAACAACCUCAAAUCAAUAGAAGAAAUAGUUAGUUUUCAAUAUCUGAGAAAACUUACAAUCCUAAAACUGUGGUACAACAGUAUAACAUAUAUCCCAGAGCAUAUAAAGAAACUCACUAGUCUAGAACGUCUUUCCUUUAGUCACAACAAAAUAGAGGUUCUUCCAUCCCACCUAUUCCUAUGCAACAAAAUCAGAUCCUUAGACUUGUCUUACAAUGAUAUACGAUUUAUUCCACCAGAAAUAGGAGUGCUGCAAAGUUUACAGUAUUUUUCCAUCACUUGUAACAAAGUGGAGAGUGUGCCAGAUGAAUUAUACUUUUGCAAAAAACUUAAGACUCUUAAGAUUGGGAAAAAUAAUUUGUCAAUCCUUUCACCUAAAAUUGGUAAUUUAGUAUUCCUCUCCUAUUUGGAUAUUAAAGGCAAUCAUUUUGAAAUUCUCCCGCCUGAACUUGGUGAGUGUAGGGCUUUGAAGCGGACUGGUUUGGUUGUAGAAGACACUUUGUUUGAAACUUUGCCUUCUGAUGUUAGAGAGCAGAUGAAAGCUGAAUAAUUUACUUCCUUUUACUCAGUUUUACAGAAAGAUGCUUCUACCAAAUACACUAUAUAAAUAAUGUGAUGUGUUUAUUUUAUUUUUUCUUUUGUCCUUUUAACACAAAACUAUCUGUACAAACAUGUGGAGUAAGGAAUAUAUAUAUUUUUAAAUAAAAAUUUACUUGUAUUUUUUCACAGUUUAAAAAUAUUUAAAAGUUUAUUUUGCCCUGAUAACAAGAGUGUCUGAAAAAUUCUUUUGUACUGGCAAAAGCUAAUGGUUAGAUAAACUGUUUCUUAAUUUUGGGUAGAAGAGGAUAGUGUGCUUCAAGUGCUUCUACCUUGAGUAGCAUAUUUUUAAUAGAUGAAUAUAUCAUCUCCUGGGCCAUUGUUAAUGCCUUAGGAUUUGAUUUUCUAGGGGCUGAUUCUGUGGGAUGUUGAGCAGCCUCAAUCCCUGUUUUCAUCAAUGGGCGUUGAAGAUGCCCAGUACCUCACAAAACCUGACCUUGAUUAAAUGUCCUUUUCUUGAGACUCCACACAUACCAACUAUUCUCCCAGGUGGUCAAAGUCAUUUAGUCCUGGUCGAUACUGCAGGGGGGAUUGAGCUAAGAUACUCAACUUCAGCUACGAGAAUAGCAUAGCUGAAGUUGAUGUAUCUUAGAUCGACUUGGAAUCACUUACUUUGGGUCCUCACGGCGUGGGAUUGAUGGCCACCGCUCCCCCAUUCACUCCACUUCCACCUCUCACCAUGGUGGAGUUCAAGAGUCGACGGCAGAGCGAUCGGGGAUCGAUUUAUCAUGUCUACACUAGACGCCAUAAAUCGAUCCCCAAUAGAUUGAUCACUACUUGCUGAUCCGGCAGAUAGCGUAGACAUGGCCUUAGAAAAGUUUCUAAGGGGCCUAAGGAAAUUAGGUGCAAAACUUCCAUUGAAAGUUAGUGGGCACCUAACUCCCUUACGCCCCUCUAAAAAUUUCAGCCUCCAUCUCAUGCAGUAUGCUGAACAGAGCACAUCUGCUGUCGUCAUUCUUCAGAACGGAACGAGUAAGGCUAAGAUUUUCAAAGUAGUAUAGGAGAGUCAAUCUUGGAAGGAGGAGUACUUGUGGCACCUUAGAGACUUUGUUAGUCUCUAAGGUACCACAAGUACUCCUCAUUCUUUUUGCUGAUACAGACUAACACAGCUACCACUCUGAAUCCUGGAAGGAUUCAAGUUUGAGAUUUUUUUUAAAAGAAGGAGAUGUAGCCUCCCAUCUUUCAUUAAUUUGAACAGAAAGUAUGUGACUAAAUCACUGCUUUGAAAAUCUCAACCCAGAUCUUUACAUUCUGCAAGGUAAAGAUGAAAUACCACAGUCAGGGAGCUCUCCCUCCCAUCCCACAACCAAGGGCUUAUUCUUACACAGUGGUGAGUGCCUUCAACUUCCUUUGAAUUCACUCCCCUCUCCCCAACACUUCUUCCCCGCAUCCCAGGGUGUUUGGCAUCUCAUAUGACUGAACUGUUUGGGGCUUAGGAUCAUUGCAGUUAUCUUUGGUCUGUGAAGCUUUUGA